AUGCGCGCCCCGCCGCUGUCGUACGCCCAGCGGCGAAGAGAUGAGGCACUGCAGAGGCAGAGGGCAAUGAGGCAGGAGCGAACGGAUCUGGCCAGGAAGGUCGCCAUGGCUGACAGGGAGAAGACGCCUGAACUGGAGCUGUGUGGCCCUAGUACAAAUUCUUGCGAUUGGGAUCUUCACCAGGCCUUUGAGUCAAGCCUUCACAUUGAUGACAGCCGGUCAAGCUUAUGUCAAGCAGGGCCUGAUAGGGGGGAGAAGCCCAAACAGUUUUACUCCAAACAGCUUAUGCUACCUGAGUGGAUGACUGAUGUGCCUCCAGACCUUGCAAGCAAAUGGAAUUGA